GACAGAAGAGGUAAAUUAGCCGACUCUUGGGGGGGACUGCAGUUUUGCAAACAGAGGAGCAGCAUGCACAGUCAGAGCAUUUGGAGAGUGGGUCUCGUGGUGGUGACCUUUUGUGCCAGCCUAUCGGUUGCCCAGUUCCCCCGGGAGUGCACCACUGUUGAAGCGCUGCAGAGUGGCCAGUGCUGCCCAUCUCCAACUGGGGUAGCAGGGGAUGAAUGCGGCGCUAGCACAGGAAGAGGGCAGUGUGUGACCAUUGCUGCCGACACCCGCCGCCAUGGACCCCAGUACCCCUAUUCCGGACGGGAUGACAGAGAGAGGUGGCCGCUGAGAUUUUACAGCCGCACUUGUCAGUGUAAUGGUAAUUUCAGUGGCUACAACUGUGGGCGAUGCAGACACGGGCUGACGGGACCAAACUGUGAUCAGAGAAUCUCUGUGGUAAGGAGGAAUCUAAUGCAGAUGAGCACAGCUGAGAAGCAGGCAUUUGUCAAUGCUUUGGACCAAGCUAAGAGGACCGUCCACCCUGACCUGGUCAUCUGUACAAGAAGGUACCAGGAGGUGUUUGGGCCUGAUGGCAACACCCCGCAGUUUGAGAACAUCACCAUUUACAAUUACUUUGUUUGGAGCCACUACUACUCUGUCAGUAAGACUUAUCUGGGGCCGGGCGAGGCCAGCUUUGGAGGAGUUGACUUUUCCCAUGAGGGCCCAGGUUUUGUCACCUGGCAUCGGUUUCACCUGCUGCAACUGGAGAGAGACAUGCAGGACAUGCUGGGUGAUGCCAGUUUUGCCCUGCCCUACUGGAACUUUGCCAUCGGAGGCAGUGAGUGUGACAUCUGCACCGACGACCUGCUGGGAGCGAGAAGCUCAUUUGACAUGAGCUCUAUCAGCUCCAACUCUGUGUUCUCACAGUGGAGGGUCAUCUGCGAGAACGUGGAGGACUACGACACCUUGGGCACAGUCUGCAACAGUACAGAGAGCAGUCCCAUCAGGAGGAACCCAGCAGGCAACGUGGCGAGGCCCAUGGUGCAGAAGCUGCCAGAGCCCCAGGACGUGUUGGACUGUCUGGAGCUCAACACCUUUGACACUCCUCCUUAUUACUCCACCUCUUCCGAGAGCUUCAGGAACACCAUUGAAGGCUACAGUGCCCCCCAGGGGAUGUAUGACCCUGUCAUUCGCAGCCUCCACAACCUGGCCCACCUUUAUCUGAAUGGGACAGGUGGACAGACUCACCUGUCGCCUAAUGAUCCUAUCUUUGUCCUAUUGCACACCUUUACUGACGCAGUCUUUGACGAGUGGCUCCGCAGGCACCAACCAGGUGAAAUUGUUUACCCCGAGGAGAACGCUCCGAUUGGACACAACCGCAGAUUCAAUAUGGUUCCUUUUUGGCCUCCUGUCACCAAUGCUGAGAUGUUUGUCUCAGCCCCAGAAAACUUGGGAUACUCAUAUGAGGUCCAGUGGCCAGUUCGUCCCUUAACCCUGUCUGAGAUCAUCACUGUGGCUGUCGUCAUGGCAGUGGUGGUUGUGGCAGUGCUGGGUGGCGUUGUUGGCUGCUUUGUGCGAGCUCGCUCUCACCGCUCGGCUGAGGCCCUGGAGCCCCUGCUGGGAGAGACGUUCCGGCGUUACUCAGAGGACGACAGGAGGCUGGAUAAGUCACAGUCUGUCGUCUGA